GAGAAGUCGUCAGGUAAGCCAGCCCGCCAGCGUGCCGGCGGACGAGUGUCUCCUCUCCCGCAGGCAGAUGGCCAGGGCGGCCCGCAUGGGCGAGGGCACAGGAAAUCGGACACCGCCACCGUCUUCCCCAGCCUGGCCUAGCUCAGGCUUUCCAGUCCGCCAGCCCGCUGGCAAGACGGGGCGGAGGUCUGGAGUCCGGCACCGCUGAGGCACAAAGCAGGAACUGCAGCCAGGGGCGAGGGCCCUUGCGUGGGGCGCUGCGCGACCCCACCCGGCGGCAGGACCCGCGUCUCCGUCUAGUCACGUUCAUUGGGCCGCGGAGACCACCUCGCUCGCCGCCCGCUGUUCGCAGCGCUUUUCCCUCCCACACCCUCGCCAACCCCGGCCCCGGUUCCCGCCCCCACUUCCGCGUUCCCCGCUGGGCCGGAGGAGCCUGGGCCCGAGGUAUCCGGGCAGGAGGUUGCGGCCUCGCCGCCCUGGUCAGCCCUCCGGGAGGGAGCAGGCGCGGUAGCGGGAGGAGGAAGUCGGGAAGAGGGAAGGCGGGGGCGCGGCCCGCCCGGCGCUCGAGUUACACCCGCCCAGCCCGCCUCGAGUGACAGCCCCGCGCGCCUCGCUGCGAGCACCCGGGCCGAGGCUCUGAUUCUGGGGGGAGGCCGACUCCACCCUGGCUGGAGGAACUGGGUGCUCCUGCCCGCUGGCCCCUCGCGCGUGAGGAUCUAUCUCAGGCUAAGAAAUGGCAUUUCAAAAGGCAGUGAAAGGGACGAUUCUUGUUGGAGGAGGUGCUCUUGCAACUGUUUUAGGACUUUCUCAGUUUGCUCAUUACAGAAGGAAACAAAUGAACCUGGCCUAUGUUAAAGCAGCAGACUGCAUUUCAGAACCAGUUAACAGGGAGCCUCCUUCCAGAGAAGCUCAGCUACUCACUUUGCAAAAUACAUCUGAAUUUGAUAUCCUUGUUAUUGGAGGAGGAGCAACAGGAAGUGGCUGUGCACUAGAUGCUGUCACCAGAGGACUAAAAACAGCCCUUGUAGAAAGAGAUGAUUUCUCAUCAGGGACCAGCAGCAGAAGCACUAAAUUGAUCCAUGGUGGUGUGAGAUAUCUGCAGAAGGCCAUCAUGAAGUUGGAUAUUGAGCAGUAUAGGAUGGUAAAAGAAGCCCUUCAUGAGCGUGCCAACCUGCUAGAAAUUGCUCCCCAUUUAUCAGCUCCAUUGCCUAUAAUGCUUCCAGUUUACAAGUGGUGGCAGUUACCUUACUACUGGGUAGGAAUCAAGCUGUAUGAUUUGGUUGCAGGAAGCAAUUGCCUGAAAAGCAGUUAUGUCCUCAGCAAAUCAAGAGCCCUUGAACAUUUCCCAAUGCUCCAGAAGGACAAACUGGUAGGAGCAAUUGUCUACUAUGACGGACAACAUAACGAUGCACGGAUGAACCUUGCCAUUGCUCUGACUGCUGCCAGGUAUGGGGCUGCCACAGCCAAUUACAUGGAGGUAGUGAGCUUGCUCAAGAAGACAGACCCCCAGACAGGGAAAGUGCGUGUGAGCGGCGCACGGUGCAAGGAUGUCCUCACAGGGCAGGAAUUUGACGUGAGAGCCAAAUGUGUUAUCAAUGCCACGGGACCUUUCACGGACUCUGUGCGCAAAAUGGAUGAUAAAGACGCAGCAGCUAUCUGCCAGCCAAGUGCUGGUGUCCAUAUUGUGAUGCCUGGUUAUUACAGCCCAGAGAGCAUGGGACUUCUUGACCCAGCGACCAGUGAUGGGCGAGUUAUUUUCUUCUUACCCUGGCAAAAAAUGACAAUCGCUGGCACUACUGAUACUCCAACUGAUGUUACACACCAUCCAAUUCCUUCAGAAGAAGAUAUCAACUUCAUUUUGAAUGAAGUGCGUAAUUACCUGAGUUGUGAUGUUGAAGUGAGAAGAGGGGACGUCCUGGCAGCAUGGAGUGGAAUCCGUCCUCUUGUUACAGACCCCAAAUCUGCAGAUACUCAGUCUAUCUCCCGAAAUCAUGUUGUUGAUAUCAGUGAGAGUGGCCUUAUUACUAUAGCAGGUGGAAAGUGGACAACUUAUCGGUCUAUGGCAGAAGAUACCAUAAAUGCUGCUGUCAAAACUCAUAAUUUAAAAGCAGGACCAAGUAGAACAGUUGGGCUUUUCCUUCAAGGGGGUAAAGAUUGGAGCCCCACGCUCUACAUUAGGCUUGUCCAGGAUUAUGGACUUGAAAGCGAGGUGGCACAGCAUCUUGCCGCCACCUAUGGUGAUAAGGCCUUUGAGGUGGCCAAAAUGGCAAGUGUGACUGGCAAAAGGUGGCCUAUUGUUGGAGUACGUCUUGUGUCAGAAUUUCCAUAUAUUGAAGCAGAGGUGAAAUAUGGGAUUAAGGAGUAUGCCUGCACUGCUGUGGAUAUGAUUUCACGUCGUACUCGCCUGGCCUUUCUAAAUGUCCAGGCAGCAGAGGAAGCCUUACCCAGGAUUGUUGAACUGAUGGGCAGGGAACUGAAUUGGGAUGAUUAUAAGAAGCAGGAACAACUUGAAACAGCCAGGAAGUUUCUAUAUUAUGAAAUGGGCUAUAAAUCUCGAUCAGAACAGUUAACAGAUCGCUCUGAAAUUAGCCUACUGCCUUCAGACAUUGACAGGUAUAAGAAGAGAUUUCAUAAGUUUGAUGCAGACCAGAAAGGCUUUAUUACCAUUGUUGAUGUUCAGCGUGUAUUAGAGAGUAUCAAUGUCCAAAUGGAUGAAAAUACACUCCAUGAAAUUCUGAAUGAAGUUGAUUUAAAUAAAAAUGGACAGGUUGAACUCAAUGAAUUUUUGCAGCUGAUGAGUGCUAUUCAAAAAGGAAGGGUAUCUGGAAGCCGGCUUGCUAUACUAAUGAAAACUGCAGAAGAGAACCUCGACAGAAGAGUUCCAAUUCCAGUGGACCGUAGUUGUGGAGGAUUGUGAGUCUGGGCAGUAAAUCCACAGCCAACAAACAUAGAAACGACAAAUCACCAUGUAACAACCAGAGAUGACUGAAACCACUCUAAAAUAAUGAAUGUGGAUAGCUGCCUUUUUUAACACUAGAAAACAUUCCAAAACUUUAGGGUGUUGGUGUAUUUGCCAGCUUUAUUUGCUGUACUUUAUUUGUGUUUGCCAUUCAGUCUAGCUUUUCAGUGUAUUUUAUUCUUUUUCUCAUUUUCAAUGCACAUUAGUUUUGCAUCUAUUUUGUGACCUGUUAGAUGUGACACAUUCUCUUUUUGUUUAUUCCUUUAUUCUAAAUGAGUUCUAAAAACAGAAUAUUUUGGCAAAAAUUGAAAAAAGCUGGAGAAAUUUUGUGACAUGCAUACAGAUAUCAUGUGUUAUUAAAAAGAGUUGCCUAUUGAAAUGAUAGUGUUUCUGGAGAAAUUAAGCUUAUAGACAGCAUGUGUUAUUAAAAAGAGUUACCUAUUGAAAUGAUAGUGUUUCUGGAGAUUUCUCAGCCCCAUCUUCCUCCAGCUUGUCUACCUUCCUCAUGCAAACAAUAUUCCACAUUUUUAUAUCUAGAGCAUGACUGGCUAACUGGAGAGGGAAGGAAAAGUUUAGAUCUGGUUACUGGAGCAAGUCUCAAAGAGAAACUCUGAAAGCUUCCAGAAUCACAGGUAUAAGAUAAGGAUAGCAUUGACAUUUGCUGGGAGUUACAGUGAUAGUUUCAUCUCAGCAGUUCAUUUUUUUCUUCAGUCACUGCUGGUUUUCUUUGACUAUUAUAGUUGCCAGGAAGAUCCUUGCUCUUCUUACUUUAAAACCAGCAUUUAAGUGGCAAUUUGGAUGUAAUGGGAUGAGACCAAAUUUAUCUAAUUAUUACAGUAGUAAUACAUUUAAGAGUUAAAAAUGUGUUUUUAUAUAUCCACAUAUGAUAACAAAAGAUUCAAUUCCCAAGCCUAAAUUUUGAAGCAUGUGGUAUUGUCAAAUCUAGCUUACCAUCUUUUUUGGGGGGUACUUGCAACCAUAGUAAAGGAGAAUAGAAUAGACUUUAGUUAACUUUAAUUAUAAUUAUAUGUUAAAUAAGGCACAAAACCAGUUUCCAAGGUCAUCAUGGUUGCUUAAAGUCUUUCCCCUUCUGUACUCCAUGGAAAUAUUCUCAGUAAACCAAAAUCAAAAAUGGAAAAAUAAUCACCAACCCCCAUCCCGACACACACACAGAGUCCAAAGCAAAAGUCAGUGUGUAUUGAAUUUAACAAGUAAUGCAGUUUGGGAUGCUUUUGCUGCAUUUUGGUGGUAUUUUAACUGGUUAUCUGAAUAUUUAUUAAUCCUACUUCCUCUUGUAAAGUUGACUACUUACUUUUUUGUUGUUGUUUUAACAUCAAGUUCUGUAUCUAAUAGGAGACGUAACACUUUAUUUCACGGCAGGUUUUUAUUGCAGAGACUUGAAGUCUUAGUUUUUUAGACUGGCACAUAAAACACUUUUUGCUGUUAUUUUUAUUUAUGUCAAUACUGCAGAGUGUCUUUAUGCCUUAUUCAAGUGGAUUCUGAGCCUGUAUGUCACAAUGUAAACACUGGAGGUUCACUCACCUACGCACUCACCCACCACCUCUGAAACAAACAGAAACUGCAGAGAAAGACAGCAUUUUAGCUCAUUUUGUUUUUAAAUGAGGUUUUAGACGCUUGCCACUUACUAAGGGAAAUCCUAAAACAGCAAGUGAUGCUCCCAGGUAUCACUGUGAACUUUUUUCUUUCAAAGUGUGAAUUUUUACACUGGCUCUUUCAUUUUUUUAAAGUAAUUGAAGCUUGUGGCUUUACAAGUUAGUGUUUUUUGCUAUCCAGAUCACAAGUUUCAUUGUUUAGAACCCAGUGACACUUAAUAGGUAGACAAAUUGUCCUUUAAAAUAUCCCAGAUGAUAUACACAAUAUGGUACAUUUGUGCUCUCUCUCUGUUUUUCUCUCUUUCUCUUUCUAGUUAGAUCAAGAUAACGAUGACUUGUACCCUCCCUGAUUCUGUUACAGUAGGGCCCGGGCAGAUCUGUGUUUGUUAAACAGGCCUUGUUUGUGCAUGCUUUGCUAUGAAUGAAGUUCCUUUAAGGACAAAGAAAAGCACACUUUUCUUCUUUUGAGCAUAUCUGCUUUUACUUUAAAUCUGCUAAUUUCUAAAACGUAGAGUCCUUCACCAAUCCCAGAGACUCAAUUUGGAAAUGAACUGAUUUCAAGCCAUUACUGUGAAUAAAGCACCCCAGCAUUUUGUAUAAGUUCUUAAUUAAACCUGUACAGCUUCUUUAUCUGAUUUAAGAAAGGGAGACAAGAAAUAGGGGGGAAUAAGCUUCUUCAAAAUUCAUUCCAAGCACAAAAGAAAUUUUUUCCCUUUGCGUAUAAACUUGACAUCAGUUGAUUCUGUUGGGGUCGAGGUGGGUAUGCAGGGAUUGCCGUUUAUUAUCAAGUGAUUUAUUUCAAGAGCCUUUGAAGGGAUUCAGGUGAAGGAACCCCCAUCUGUGCUGGAGAGUUGGAUACUCCUUUAAAUAGCCCCCACCACAGUCAUAACAGUAAUGAUAAUGCUGGAUUAUUUGUUAAGCCAAGGUUGUCCUCCUCAUAUCCAUCAUGCUGUUUGCAAUACUCUUGCUUUCAAUCAAUUUAUACUGAGUGUAACUUUAGGAUUUCUGCUAUUAAGUGCAUGCCCUCUAUCCGGCUUCAGUUGCUGGCUUUGCUUUGUCUGUUUCAAAAUAUGUAGCUUCCUCUUUUGUACAACAAAAAACUCAUUCUCACUUUUACUAAAUAUAUUGUAAGAGUCAUCAUGGAUGUUAUUUUUCUCUUUCUUAUGUAUCUGUAAAGAUUUUUGGCAUAUGAAUGUAAUAUUAAAGUCAAUGAUGCUAUAACUUGCGAUGUUUGCAUCAUGUCAACCUUUCUGAAGGAGUGAAAAAGCCCUACUAUGUUUUUAAAGAAUAGCAAGUGUAAGCUCAGUACUAGAGUGGAUAUACAUACUGCAUGUUUCCAUAUGUGGCACUUUUAUGUAUUGUGUUGGGUUAUUGUUCUAGAUUGGACUGUUAAAUACUAUGUUUGAGGCUGGGUUGUCAUUUUUAUAACUGUCUUGGUGUUUUUUGGCCAUUAUUUAUUACUUUUGAUACACAGAAUGAGCUGCAUGCAUUUACAGAGCAGUAAGAGGAUGUAUUUAAUGUGCCUUGUUUUUAACUGAAUAAGAACUGGAAGCAUGAAUCAAUAAAACUGAUUAAAAUGGUC